AUGCAACACAAACUAGGAACCGAAAACAUGGUUAUGUUCAAUAAUCUUGAUACCCAUACUACGAGACGAUUAGCGCCAGAUAAUGAUCCUCAAUUACAACGAUCUCGUAAAGUUCUCCUCAUUAUGCUUGGUAUCUCUCUUGGUAUUUCUUUGGCCUACACAUUUGUUCAAGUCUUAAAAAAUACAGGAAAUUCACAAACAAAUACAAGUGUUGUUGGUUCUAUUGUACCAAUUGCUUUCUAUGGCUUUGGGUUGUUGGUCAGCUAUAGAUAUUCGGAAACAGGCUUACGUGUGGUAUGUAAUAUUAUUUGA